AUGGCUCCCUUUCGCAACUUCCUUGCCCGCAAAUCCCAACCCAAUGGUGGGGAAGCGGAUGGUUUCGACGAGAAUCAUUUGUCGCCCAACGCACGCCCUGGUCCCACACCGAUCACUAUUCGCAAAAGCCAAGAUGGCGAGCCUCCAGAGUACAAGUUGAGUGUUGUGAAUGGCAGCGGAGUAUAUCUUCCGCCUUCCCCAACUGAGAAACCAAGCUUCUGGCACCGAUACCCCGGAUCAACACGACCUUCAAACCAUCGCGACUUGGUCGACGAAAAUGAGCCAUUCUCAAUAUCGCGCGAAUCUUUCGACUCCUACCGCCGAUCAUUUGAUAUUUCCGCCCGCUCUCCCAUAAUACACGCCGAUGCCGUCCCAUCCCGCACUUCACUCGACUCCCGAUUUUCCCGUAUCACAUCAUCCGCACAGCGAUCUACAAGUUUCGACAAAGCCGACGCAAUGGAAGAAGAGAAAUUUGAAGACGUGGGUCUCAAUGACGAAGCUAAGCCCAAGAAAAAGGGUCUUUUCGCACGAUUCGGCGACUCAUCUAGUGACGCACCAUCAUCCGGCAACAAAUCUUCUACUUCAUUUGGGUUUCACAUUCCCGGAAGAAAGCGUGGACAGAGCGGGGGAGGUUCGGAGUUGGGCUCUAUGCAAGUACCAGCGCCAAUUUCUGUACCAGGGUCUACGUCAGAAGGCAAUGGCGAGUAA